AGUCUCAGCUAUCCUCGGGGGUUUCGCCUCCUAUUCCAAGCUUACCUCGAGCAAUGACGACGACUGGGUGGACCGUCUGAACCACCUGUACACCGUCAUCCUCCUGGCCAUCUUCGCCGUGUUCAUCAGCGGCGGUCAGUAUGUGGGCAACCCGAUCGAGUGCUGGUGCCCGGCACACUUCACGGGCUCCUUCACGGCGUACACCAAGAGCUACUGCUGGGUGAAGAACACAUACUACAUCCCCAUGGACACGCCCAUUCCUGUGGACAGAGAUAACCGCAACAGCGAGGAGCUCACCUACUACCAGUGGGUGCCCAUCAUCCUGCUGUUCAUGGCUUUCAUGUUCAAGUUCCCGGCUCUUCUCUGGAGGAUGUUCAACGGCGGCUCGGGCAUCAACAUGGACAAGAUUGUCACCAUGACGGCCGGCACUCAGAUCGGCGCUUCGGAGAAGAGGGAGGAGACGGUAGGACACAUCGCCAAGUACAUGGACCGCUGGCUGGAGGCUCACCGACAAUACCGGUACAACGCUCUUGUGCGCAUGCGCCAGAAGGCGUCUCGCGUCAUGUGCUUCCUUUGCUCCAAACGCGACGGCACUUACCUGACCGGUCUGUACAUCUUUGUGAAGGUGCUCUACGUCGUCAACGUCAUCAUCCAGUUUUUCCUGCUCAACGGCUUCAUGGGCGACUGGUAUAACCUGUACGGCUUCGAGGUGCUGGACGGCCUGGCUAACGACCGCUACUGGCGCGACUCUCCACGUUUCCCCAAGGUCACGCUCUGUGAUUUCGAGAUCCGACAACUGCAGAACAUCCAGACCCACACGGUACAGUGCGUCCUGCCCAUCAACCUGUUCAACGAGAAGAUCUUCAUUUUCCUCUGGUUCUGGUUCGUCUUCGUUGCCGUGUGCACCUGCGGAAAUUUCCUCUUCUGGAUCUGGCGCGCACUCUUCCUGCGCAACCGCGUGGCGUACGUCAAGAAGUACCUGAAGAUCCUGGACGAGAUCCGCAGCGAGGAAGAGAAGAAGCUGGUGCGCAAGUUCGCCGACCAGUAUCUCCGUGACGACGGCGUCUUCAUCCUGCGCAUCAUCGCUCGCAACACCAGCGACAUCCUGCUGUCUGACAUCGUGCGCAAGCUGUGGGGCAUCUACAAGGACAAGCCGCUCAUCAAGAAGAGCCUGGAUGCUGAGAACGAGAACUACGGACCGGACUCACAGGCUUAA